AUGUCUGUUGCCGACAAUCGUGCACCUGUUAGUGAAGACGGCGUGUUGUCCCCUCUACUUCUUAAGAGCACUAAAAUCGUUUCCACUCUUGGUCCAUCAUCCGACAAUGAAACGAUUAUAAAACAGUUGAUUGAACAUGGUGUCGACGUUUUUCGUCUCAAUUUCUCACAUGGUACACAAACAGAAAAAGCUGAAACCAUCAAAUUAAUUCGUUCCGUUUCCAGUUCGUUACAUCGUCAUGUGGCCAUCAUGGCUGAUUUACAAGGUCCCAAACAUCGUUUAGGAGAAUUAGAAAAUCAUCAAUCAAUAACAUUGAAAAAUGAACAAACCAUCAAAUUUGUAUCUGGUGAACUACAACCAAUUGGAAAUAGUGCCGCCAUCUCAACAGGCACUUCACAUGCACAUUUAUUAAUCAAAUAUUUGUCCGUAGGACAUCGCGUUUUAAUUAAUGACGGCGCAGUUGUCUUAAAAGUCGAACAACGCUUAUCAGAAAAAGAAUUAUUAUGUCGUGUAAUAGUUGGUGGCAUUGUUGGUGAAAGGAAAGGCGUUAAUGUACCUGAUUUACAAGUUCCAACUGAUGCAUUAACAGACAAAGACGAAGAAGAUGCUAUAUUCGCAUUAGGAAAAGAUGUUGAAUAUAUAGCAUUAAGUUUUGUACAAAAAGCUGAUGAUGUUAUCAAACUACGUAAUUUAUUACAAAAAAAAUUGCCAUCUACUAAUCAGCAGUUACCAAAAAUAAUAGCUAAAAUUGAAAAACAACAAGCUAUUGAUGUAAUUGAUGAUAUCAUUGCUGUUGUUGAUGGUAUAAUGGUUGCAAGAGGUGACUUAGGUGUAGAAUGUAGUUUUGAAAAAGUGCCAACAUUUCAAAAAAUGUUAAUUAAUAAAUGUAAUUUAGCUGGAAAGCCUGUAAUCACAGCAACGCAAAUGUUAGAAUCAAUGAUAAAUAAUCCGUUUCCUACAAGGGCUGAAGCAAGUGAUGUGGCUAAUGCUGUUUAUGAUCAUACUGAUGCUGUUAUGUUAAGUGGUGAAACAGCUAGUGGUAAAUAUCCAGUUGAAACUGUAGAAGCAAUGCGUGCAAUUGUUGUUGAAGCUGAAACAAAUAUCCAUAACGAUGAAGUUAAAUCACCACAACGCUUAGAUUAUGCUAUUGUUAAAUCAGCUGUUGCCGCAGCUACUUAUGGUGUACAUGCAGCAGCUCUUAUUUUAGUUUGUGUUUCAUAUGAUUUAGGUUUAUAUAUCUCUAAAUUGCGUCCACCAUGUCCUAUAAUUAUAGUUACUUUUACAUCAAAAUUAGCACAAUUCUUAGAAUUAAAUUAUGGCGUACAUACUAUUGUAUUGAAUCACAAUCUUGACAAAGAAACAACUACAGAUAAUUUAUUAAUAACAAUAGAAAAAGAAAUUGAAAAUAGAAAAUGGUUGAAAAAAGGCGAUAAUUUUGUAUUUUGUUGUGGAGAGGCAGGACUACCUGGUUUAAGAAAUACGCUACAACUAGGUAAAUUAGGUGAUCUUCAUGUAACGCAUAAAGAACGUGUAGAUUGGAAGACAUUAAUGGAACGAGCACUCAUUAAAGAACGACGGAAAUAUUAUAAAGCAUUAUCCAGGCUCUUGUUGGGUAGGACAGAUACGUCUUUAUAUUGAUUAUUUGUGAACAAAUGUUAUAAGAACACGGACAUUGACGGUCAAGACCACGUUUUAGAGCAUAUUCUAUAAAGUAAAUGCAACGUUUGUCUGUCGACAAAUUUUUAAGGUUCGAUACGUACGAAUAAUUGUUAAAUGGUCAGCAUUGUGCCGUUGACGUUGUCCGCAUUUUUAGCUCGAACACAUUUCCUUCACAGAAAUAAUUUAAAUUUUUAAACUUUCACACCAUAUUUGUUCACCAAAGUAGUCAUGAAACUUAAAUCGAGCAGAAUUAGGUAUACAUUGUGCAUCUCCACAAGAAUAUUCUUUCGUUCGUCAUAAAUGUUGAUUAUAAUCAAAACUUGGCUCAUAUGGGCAACUGGGUCCUUUAGUAGACAACUGUUCAUCUGAUAAAUCUACAGAAGCCGCCGCCUUGAGCAAGGUCUACAAAAUUACAUUUUUUAAAUGUUUUUCGGAUACCAAUGUACGGAGUAAUAUGCUAAAUUUGAUCAAGGGAACUGAUAUCUCUAAUCUCUAAGUUUUAAUAUCAUAUAGAAUCCUUUGCGUAUUAUUCGAUAGAGCUUUUAAAGCUCUAGAUAUACGUCAAAAGAAAUGAGUUGCAGUAUCAUACCUAAAAACUAUCCGUUUAUUAACUAUCCGAAAAUAUUUUUUCUUGAAAAUAUUACUAUUCAUUCUCUACAGAAAAGAAAUCCGACUGUUUUCAAUAUUACGUACUAGGAAACGUCACUACAUUGUGAUUCUAUUUCUCUUUACACUGAUGAAGUCUGAUCUUGAUUAUGAGACAAAACGG